AUGACCAAAGCCGCAGCGUCAAAUCCACUUUCGGUCCAGGUGGACAACGGCGGCCACCACUCAAACGGGUACACGAGGAAGGAGUCCGCCGCCCGCAUGCCCUACCAAGGCCGCUGCUCGCAAGGUCUCCCGUCGACCGACUCGCAGGCGAGCUUUUCCUCGUGUGACGCCGAUCGAGGCAUCAAUUUUGAGGCUUCCCACGAAUAUGUGCCCCUCCAUCAGAAGAUCAAGAGCCGAAUCAACGACGGGACCCCGUUCUUCUCGCUCGAGUUCUUCCCGCCGCGAACCGCCAACGGUGUCGCCAACUUUUUCACGCGUCUCGACCGCUUCAACGAGGGCUCGCCGCUGUUUGUCGAUAUUACAUGGCACAUGAACUCGGAUCCUUCCAAUGUCGACAAGGAAACGUCAUCGACGUCGAUCGCGCUGGGCUGUAUGAACUAUUGUCGCAUGGAAACGAUGUUGCACAUGACCUGCGUCCAGUACGACAAGCCGACCACGAUCAAGCACCUCGAGCAGUGCAAGAAGUACGGCAUGAGAAAUAUCUUGGCGCUGAGGGGAGAUCUGCCGAUGCCAGGGACGGGCGCGAAACCGACGUACGACUACCGCGCGCUCGACAUGAUCCGCUGGAUUCGCGAGGAGUUUGACGACUAUUUUACGAUCUGCUGCUCAGGUUACCCGGUCGGUCAUCCAGAAGCGCAGUCCUAUGAGGCGGAUCUGCUGUACUUGAAGGCGAAGGUCGACGCCGGCGCGCAGUUCAUCAUCACCCAGCUGUUCUUCGAGGCCGAAUCGUUCGAGAAGUUUGUGCGUGACUGUCGCGAGAUUGGCAUCCAAUGCCCCAUAAUUCCGGGCAUCAUGCCGAUUAUGGGCUACGACUCGAUCAGCCGUAUCGCCAAGCUGUCACAGCUGAAGAUCCCGGACUGGGUGCUCGCUGACCUCGAGUCGAUCAGACAUGACGAUGACGCUGUGCGGAAUUAUGGAACGGUGAAAGCCGUCGAAAUGUGCCGUCGCUUGUUGCAAAACGGAACCGCGCCCUCGCUCCACCUUUACACGAUGAACAGGGAGGGCACGUGUCGUGAAAUCUUGCAAGAGCUCGGGUUGUGGCACCGUCGACCGAUGCGCUCUUUGCCGUGGGUGCCGCAUGGUGGCAACCAUCCGGUCAGGUGUAAGGAAGAUGUACGACCGAUAUUCUGGAGUGCACGCCCGAAGUCUUACAUCUACAGAACUAGGGAUUGGGACGACUUCCCGAACGGCCGCUGGGGCAACGGCUCAUCCCCGGCCUUCAACGACAUCAAGGACUACUACCUGUUCCACAUCCAAGGCGAAUCCAACAAGGAGGAGCAGCUCAACAAGUUCGGCCGCCACAUCGCCAGCAUCGACGACGUGAAGCGCGUGUUCAUCAACUUCCUCACCCAGGAGCCGAACGAGCACGGAUUCGUGGUCCGCUCACUGCCCUGGAGCGAGCAAGAAAAUGGCGUCGCCGAGGAGACGAGCAUCAUCAAGAACGAGCUGCUGUGGUGCAACGAGAACGGCAUCUUCACCAUCAACUCCCAACCUCCGGUGAAUGGAUCGCCAUCGAAUGACCCGAUCGUCGGAUGGGGAAAGCCCGGCGGAUAUUGCUACCAGAAAGCCUACCUCGAAUGCUUCAUCUCCGCCGAACACUCCGCCACCCUGCAGCGCAUCAUCGACGCGUACGCGCCGCGCAUCAACUACCACAUCAUCAACCACGAUGCCUCCGUCGACCUGACCAACUCCGAGAAGACGACCCCGAUCGCCGUCACGUGGGGCGUGUUUCCGGGUUGCGAAAUUGCGCAGCCGACCGUCGUCGACCCGAUCACGUUCAGGGUGUGGAAGGACGAGGCGUAUGAAUUGUGGACGAAUCAGUGGGCCAACCUGUACCCGGAAGGCUCCGAGUCGCGCCAGAUCAUCGACGACAUUCACGACACGUACCACCUGGUGACGCUCGUCGACAAUGAUUUCCAGCAACCCUGCAUCCUAUUCGACAUCCUCGAGCGCAUGGUCACCGAAAGCCAGCAGACCAACGGCCACGCCCGAGCAGCUCGA